AUGGUGGAAAUUGAAAGAAAUAGACAUCUGAUCUCUAAUUUGCCUCCUCCUCUGUUGAAGAUUUCUCAAGUUAUUGGAACAUCAGCGAAAUCAUCAAAUCAAUUUGCAGUAUGUGAUAAUCUUAUUGCAUAUACAGCAAGUGGUGGAGUAGUGGUUAGUCAUAUUAGUCCUGAUGAUAAUGGAAGUACCAUUUCACAACGAUUCUUUUGUGCCAAUGCAAAUAUAUUGACUGAUUAUAAAUCAUCUCAUGCUAGUUCUGCUAAUGCAUAUUUGAAUAUGGCGUUUGCUGAUCUAAAUAUUGGUUCUCCAAAGGAAACAAUUAUCAGAGAUAAAUAUGGUUACACUAUAGGUAACGAUCCAAUGGUAUAUAAUGGAAGUAGUGGGAGUUAUACAGGGAAUGAUUCAGGAAAAGUAGGGUCUGAUGAUAUUGAUUUAUCUUCACCUUCUAAAUUAAAAGAGAGAGUUAGAUCUAUAAGUUGUGUUGCUAUAUCUCCCAAUAAGAAAGUAUUAGCAGUUGGUGAAACAGGUUAUCAACCACGAAUAUUAUUAUUUUCAUUAGCACCUAAUCUGUCAAAUAAACCCUUUGCAUUAAUCUAUGAACAUUCAUUUGGGGUUCGUAGUCUUAUAUUUUCUCCUGAUUCAAAAUAUAUUUGUUCAUUAGGAACCAUCAAUGAUGGAUUUAUUCAUAUUUGGAAAUUACAACUCAAUUCAAUACUUCUUCAAUCAAGUAACAGGUGCAGUACUGUCAUAAAUCAAGUGGUAUGGCAUGGUGAUUCUAUUGUAACUAUAGGAUUAAGGUUUAUUAAAGUUUGGAGAUUUCAAGAAGAAGAUAUUGAUAAUAUAGUUUCCAAACCAAACGCGUUAAAGGGUAAAAAUGUUAUAUUAGGUCCAUAUAUUAAUAGCAAUUUCAUAGAUUGCAGUAUUUCAAAUGAUGAUGAGUUAUUAAUAAUUACAGCUGAUAAUCAAAUUCUUCUUUUAAAAUUAGGAGAAGAUCAAAGUUUAAAUUUCAACUUGAAGCUUGUUAACUUUGGAAAAAAAAAAACACCACCAUUUGAAUUCAGUUCAAUUCAAAUAGACUAUACCGGUGAAAAGGUUUGGUUUGGCAUUGAUGAAAGAUCAUUUGAAACUUUGUCAAUCAAUGAAUUAACCAUGAGUAGUCUAUCAAAUAUUUCAUCACCAACAGCAAAAUCUAACAGUAGGUUCGGUAGUCCGACUAAGGAGAGAGCUGUUUAUAAACCAAUAUUAAAGUUGGCUAACUUCUUACAUGAUCAUCUUAUUUAUUUAUCCGAUUCAGAAGAAAUAGUCUUAUUUGACAAAUCUACGAAUAAAGAAGUGGUAUUAGUAAAUUCAUUGGUUAAGAAUUUGGGUGGUAUCAAAAAUGGUUAUCUGAAAGAAUUAAUGAUAUUUUCCAAGGAUGGAGAGAUUAAGAAAUUAAUUGAUCAUAAUGAACUUGAAACUGUAUUGAUAUUCAAAUUACCAUCUAAUGGAAUAAUUUCAAAUUGUUUAACGGCGGUUGAGUCAUUUAAUAAUUAUAUUGUUUUAGGAGAUAAAUACGGGAACUUGAACAUUGCGGAAGUGAAAGAUGGUUCUCACACAAUUAUAUAUAAAACAAAAGCACACUCAUCAACUAUAAAUGAAGUAAUCUACUUUGAAGUAGAGAAUAAUCAAAUAAUAGCAUCAAUUUCAAGAGAUAGAAUGAUUCAAUUUUUUUAUAAGCAAAAUGAUGAAGAUAAUGAAUGGGAUCUUUUACAAACUAUACCUAUUCAUAAUGGUAAUUUGAUCAAGCUCCAAUAUCUGAACAAUAGAGUAUAUGUAUGUUCAUCUGAUCGUUCUGUUUCUAUUCAUAGGUUCGAAACUUCACCAAACUUACAACUUGUUCAAGAAAAGAUUAUGACUCUCAAGGCAAGUCCAACCAAUAUGAAAUUAUUUGAAAAUGAUUUAAUCGUAUCACUUAAUGAUCGUACUUUACAAAUAUUUGAUAUUUCAGAUUCUUAUGACUUAAAGGGAAAUCUCAAGUUCACUAAUGGUAAGAGUAAUGAAAGCUUAUUAGUUGAAAAUUUUAUUAAUUAUAAGAAUUCUAUCAUUGUAUCAUCUUCAGAUAAAUCACUUCGAGUAUUUAACUACGCUACAGGUAAGCCUAUUAGUGUAGCAUGGGGACAUCUGGAUACUAUAUUAAGUUUGGAAUUAACUAACAACAAUGAAUUAAUAUCAAUUGGUAAUGAUGGUUGUUUGUUUAUAUGGACUUUGAAUGAAACUAGUGUAUUUGAUGAUAGUGAUAGAUAUCCUACUUCAUCGGCCGAUGAUAUUGAAAGUAAAACAGAGGUUGAAACAUUACCUGCUAAAGUGAUUAGAAAGAUUAUACCUACUUCCCCAGUAAGAACUAUCCCAACUAAAUUAGAUCUUGGAACUAGGGACAUAAGUUCUGCUGAAUCUUCACCCACACCAAGGUUAACGGCAGCAACAUUAAAGAGAAUAAGUGCCAAAGACUCAGCCAAAAGUGAACUUGGUAAUUCAUUACGCGCUGAAGCGGUAAAGUAUUCUUCACCAGUUAAACCAAUACCAAAACCAUCCACUCAAAUAGGAACCGCUUCUCCGAAAACUAUGCCAGUCAGAUCACAAAGACAUCUGAUUGAUUCUUCAUCGCCAGUUAGAUCACUUAAACCAGCGUAUAACUACACUUCCCCUACUAAAGCAUCCCCAGCAACAAUUUCAGAUCCUAAAAUAUUUGUUGAUAAAGCACUUUCACAUUUGAAUUUAAUUGAAUCCAGAAUCAAACAAGAUCGUCUUAGUGAGGAAAAUAAAGCUCCUCUCAUAUCUAAAUUGAAAAUUAUUUUAGCUUUAUUAAAUGAUGGUGAAGAAUCUGUACUUACAUUAAACAAAGAUAAAUCCAGAAAUGAUCAAUUCAAUGAAGAAGAAUUACUUGAAAAGUAUAGUAAUAAAUUACUUAAUAUAUUUGAACAAAAGAUUAAUGCUACAAAAUCAGAUAAUAUAUCUUCAACUUCAACUCCUAGUAAUGAAAAUUCCUUUGAUGAAAAUGACGUUGAUUAA